AUGUCGUUCUUGAAAGGAAUAUCGCUUUUGAGAAUUUUCGAAUUCUCGGGACCUCCACUUAUUCAAAGCUCGGGGCCUCCACUUAUUCAAAGCUCGGGGCCUCGACUUAUUCAAAGCUCGGGACCUCCACUUAUUCAAAGCUCGGGACCUCCACUUAUUCAAAUCUCUGGACCUCCACUUAUUGAAAUCUCUGGACCUCCACUUAUUCAAAUCUCUGGACCUCCACUUAUUCAAAGCUCGGGACCUCCACUUAUUCAAAUCUCGGGACCUCCACUUAUUCAAAGCUCGGGACCUCCACUUAUUCAAAUCUCUGGACCUCCACUUAUUCAAAUCUCGGGACCUCCACUUAUUCAAAUCUCUGGACCUCCACUUAUUCAAAUCUCUGGACCUUCACUUAUUCAAAUCUUGGGACCUCCACUUAUUCAAAUCUUGGGACCUCCACUUAUUAAAAUCUCGGGACCUCCACUUAUUAAAAUAUCUGGACCUCCACUUAUUAAAAUCUCGGGACCUCCACUUAUUCAAAUCUCGGGACCUCCACUUAUUCAAAUCUUGGGACCUCCACUCAUUCAAAUCUCUGGACCUCCACUCAUUCAAAUCUCAGGACCUCCACCUAUUCAAAUCUCUGGACCUCCACUUAUUAAAAUCUCUGGACCUCCACUUAUUAAAAUCUCUGGACCUCCACCUAUUCAAAUCUCUGGACCUCCACUCAUUAAAAUCUCUGGACCUUCACUUACUCAAAUUUCGGGACCUCCACUUAUUCAAAUCUUUGGACCUCCACUUAUUCAAAUUUCGGGACCUCCACUUAUUCAAAUCUCUGGACCUCCACUAAUUAAAAUCUCGGGACCUCCACUUAUUCAAAUCCAGCACUAA